CUUUUCCUGCCCCCCGGAAAUGGCCCCUUUCCGGGAAUUAUUGACUUGUAUGGAACUGGAGGAGGACUCCCUGAAUAUAGGGCAUGCCUGCUGGCCAACUAUGGCUUUGCUGUGCUGGCUCUGGCUUUCUAUAGCUAUGAAGAUCUCCCUAAAGAGAUGGAGGAAUUCCACCUGGAAUAUUUUGAAGAAGCUGUAAACUAUAUGUUAAAACACUCCCAGGUUAAAGGUCCAGGGAUUGGGUUGCUUGGAAUCUCGAAGGGGGGUGACCUAUGCAUCUCCAUGGCCUCCUUCCUGAAGGGCAUCACAGCCACUGCCCUUAUCAACGGCUCGGUGGCAAACGUGGGUGCAGUGCUCCGCUACAAGGACAUCACCAUUCCACCCCUUGGUAUCAAUACAAAGCGCAUCAAGGUCAGCAAGUCCGGGAUUGCUGAUAUUAUCGAUGUAUUGAACAACCCACUUGAAGGGCCUGACCAGCAGAGCUUUAUCCCUUUGGAGAAGGCCGAGUGUCGCUUCUUGUUCAUUGUUGGCCAGGAUGAUCGCAACUGGAAAAGCGAAUUCUUUGCAGUCGAGGGGAGCAAACGUUUGCAAGCUCAUGGGAAGGAAAAGCCUGAGAUAGUCUGUUAUCCUGGAGCAGGACACUACAUUGAACCCCCGUUUUUCCCAAUGUGUGCAGCCUCAAUGCACCUGCUAGUCGGCAAGCCUGUGGAGUGGGGAGGGGAGCCCAAGGCACACUGUGAGGCACAGAUAGAUGCUUGGCAGCAGAUCCAAGCUUUCUUUCGCAAACACCUCCCAGGCAAGCCAUCUGGAACAUCCAGUAAGCUGUGA